AUGGGUAGUAUUGAGGAUGUAUCGCAAGAAAGGGCUGAGAAUUCCAUCCAGGUUUCUAUGACAAAAAAACCAACGUUUUAUGCUCGAAUUGGAAAAAGGAUGUUCACUGGAAAUGAAGAUAAGAGCCCAUUUGAGGAAGUCAUAAUAACAGGUCUUGGAAGUGCCACAAAAAUUGCAAUUGGUGCUGCAUCUAUAAUGGAAAAGGAGGACAUAGGACAAAUUACAAAAAUUUCAACAGCCUACUUCAGCUCAGAUAGAAUAAAUAGAAGAAUACCAAAAAUAACGAUUGUAUUGAAAAAACAUCCAGAUUUUGUUACGAGUUAA